GAUCUCCAGCUGAUCUGUGCCGGUUGCAGACAGUUCCCUAACCAGUGAAUGAGAAUGAUGCUAGUGUGUGCUUAGAUUUUUUUUUUUUUUUUUGCCACAGCGCUGAUCUAGACAGCCUCUAAACAGUUAAUCUGGGAAAUAUGUGGUGGCCUUUUAGUCCUGCACGAGGGCGUUAUUGCCUUGAUCCUCGCGGCAAGGUCGUUUCGGUGUUCCCGUAAUAGCCACUUAAUAAUCGCGGUCUUCUUGUCAAGUAUAUCAUUAACCCACAUUUCUGAAGGGCCCUCUAAAAAAAGUACGUUAUUGUCUUCCGUUCACCUUCAGCGUGCAGCUGACCUGGAAAGCGAGGAGAACUGGGCGAGAGUUGCCGCAUUUUGUGUCCAGCGUUUCGCCAUCCGCACAGGGCGAAGGCUGAUUAACUGCGGAGAGCUCACCUCCCGAGGGGUGGGGGUCCUUCUCGCGCUGGGUGAAGGUAGAAACGAGUGCCAUUUAUUAUUCUGAAAGAAAUGCAAAGGUCCGCGGUUCGGAAAACAAUUUUGUUUUUUCCCCCCUUUGCCUUAUAAUGGGAUUAUGUUACAAUAGCAAGUAAAGACUUUAGGGAAGUGAAAGCUGUUAUUAAAGGGAAGCAGGUUUUAACUGGAGGAUGGGGACUUCGGCUGUUUGGAUGGUGGUGGAGUGUGCUUGCAGGAUACUUGGCGUUUCAACAGCGGCAGUGAUGUGUGCAGUUGGGGUGGAGACACUGAGGCAGGGAGACUGGCAGUUGUAUCCUGGAGUAUUCCACAGCCUAGCCGUUUAUCUCCUUGUCUCCUCUGCGGGGAUGCUGGUGUUUGAGCUGUCCUUCUUCACUGACAUCUUGCUGAUGUGGUGUCUGCCGUGCCCUCCCAAGUGGAAAGUGUUCGUCUUGUGGAAGAAGUUGGCCACCCUGGGAGGCUUCCAGAAGUUUCUCUACUACACCCUGAUGUCCGUGGUGUGCUUCCUGCACCCCGUCCUGCUGUGGCAUGCCGUUAUCCCAGGCACCAUGCUCCUGGUCACGGGCUUCGCCUACUUCCUCCUGAGCAAAAAGCAGAACGGGUCAUCGGCCAAGGAGCCCGCCGGCGCGGCCGGCCGCUACGAAGACGCGUCCACGGUGACCACCGUCGCCAGCGACGGCGGGGAGGCCGAGCAGACGUACUCCUUCUUCCGCAUCGCCGCCGGCAACCGGACCUCGGCGCUGUCCUACUUCCCCGGCGCGGGCGACAAGCGGCCUUCGAGAGACGGCGCCCAGGCGACGCCGGAGGCCCCACCAGCCGCGGAAGCGUCGGAGGUCCCCUCCGGCAAGCGCGACAAGAGACGCGUCUGUUUUAACGACAAGUACGCCGUCGAGAGCGAGACUGAGACCAAAAUGCAGGAAUACCAGGACGCGGAGCACGAGGAGACGACCUCAGACAAAGCGCCGAUGAUCAGACCGUGAGAACUGCCGUCGCACUCCAUAACCCGUCAAAUUCUGUGACCCUAGAGUAGCAUGUGACUUGGUCUGAACUAUGGAAAAAAAAGACUGAGAGAUUGACCAAAUAUAGCCAGGUGAAGUCUCACACUCAUUGCUGUUGUCACUAAAGCAAUUUUCACAGGGCUCAGUACACAAGUUAUGGCCACCGGUUACGGUAACACUGCUAUCAAAAUAUGUGACCCGGCAGUGAAUUAGGUGAAAUUGCUCUCGACACCCGCUAUGGUCACAGAAUCUGACUGUCGCAAUUUUUUGUGUAACACCGCCACCAGGGGGCGACACAAGAAUCACUUUCAUCUAAUCACAGCUAGAGCCACAGACUCCACUACUGAUGAACCGCUCGAGGUGACACUUUGAUUGCGUUGUUUUUCUCUUCGUACAAUGCACUUCUCUCUUCUGAUUGGUCAGAGGUGGCCUCCUGACAAAUCUGGGACAGUCAUCGUCCAAUGUGUCUUGUCAGCAAUCAUAAAAGCGCCACACAAUAAUAUACUCUUGUUUAGGCUGUAAUUAUUGCUAUAAUGAGCAUUUAUGUAACAUCUGCUUGCUUUGAAGUGGUACAAUUAUGAGGGAAAGAAAUACAUAUUUGUAUUCAAAUUUCUUUUUGAAUCAGUACACAUGACAAUACACCAUGUGCUCUGGUGCUUCCUGUUAAUCAGUCCUCCUCACACAUGCAUUUAUGGAAUAUGUGCUUCAAGUUUGCAAACACUGAGAUAUCAUUAUCAAUUCCAAAUAAAACUUUACAUGGGGAAAACUCUUCUGAAAUGAUUUUGUUUGUGGGCUUGUGUUUGGGAGAGAGUAAAGUAGCAGAACAAAUUGAUUUGGUAGAAUACGACUGAUAAUGUUACAGGUCUGAUUCAAGACCAAGAACAGAAUGGCCGUAAACCUCAUUUGAGAUUGAGAUCAUAAUUGAGUGUCUUAUAUGACCAUAGUCAUAACUGUCCAAAAUUUAGUGUUUUUAACUUUGUAUUUCUACAUGCACAUUUCAGUAAAACAGCCAUAUCCUACCAAGUUCUCAAGACCAAAUAAUGGUCUUCAUCUUAAAUGCAAAAAUAAAAUACUGCAUUUCCA